AGAGGCAACUAGAACGGGGAGACGAGUAGGGAUACAGGGGCAACGGGUCCCUUUUCAAAAUCGCAAAAAUGGGCUUAAUAGCCCUCGCAACCAAGAGAAAAAGAAUCUUUCCAGAAACCACAACUCGUUAGUUGCGUGCCGGACUUUGUAUGACCCCACUGAAUGACUGUAUGCCUGAGUUGUUUGAAGUUUGAAAUGUGGGAGAUGGUGGAUUUGUCGAAAGCAAGACCUCCCAUUCUGUGGUGUCGGACAAAGAUGGCAGCAGUACAGGCAACAGAGCAUGCUGUGGGUACGAUAUAACUCCAUAACAUGUUCAGAGAAGCCCUGGAUUCUGUGACUUGUGACUAUCUAUGAAGGUAUGGCCUCGCAGGUCUUGGUCUACCCACCACAUGUGUAUCAAACCCAGCAAAGUGCCUUUUGUAGCGUGAAGAAACUUAAAGUUGAGCCCAGCAGUUGUGUUUACCAUGAGAGAGCCUACCCAUGGACCUAUUUGAAUGGUAGAACCCUUGGCAACGCAAACCCCACAAAUAUUGUUCGAUCUUUACAAACAAAGGACUUAACGGGUGGCAGACCUUGCAUUGGGCAGAAUUUUCUGUCGCGGGUGGUGGCAUUGAACGGUGCGUGUUGCAAGCAGCCUGUGACAGAAACGCAGGCGCUGCCCCAGGAAGGCGGGAUCCCUUCACAGACCAAGCAGCAACAGCAAGGGGUUGUGGGAGGCAGUGGUGGAGCAGCAGGGGGAGCCACCAAGGGCGGAGGAGACGGCGGACAGCAGAGCAGCAGUGGCAGCAGUGGAGGGAGUGGAGAGGAGGAGGAGGAGAGUGACGACGACGGAGGUUUGAACUUGGCAGACGGCUCCCAGCGAUGUGGGCUGAAACGUAAGAGUGAAGAGUUGGAGAACCGAGGAAGCGCCAUGCAGAUAGUGGAGGAACUAUCUAUGUUGUCUGCGAUGUUGCAAACGAAUGUUGGGAACCCAGUGGCAGGAGUAAUGGGGGGAGGGCCCUCCAAGCAGGGUAGGGCUGGGGGCGGGGCUGGGGGAGGGACUGCAGGCGGGGAUUGGGACUACCAGCUGGUGCAGCACGAGGUGCUGUGCUCUACAAGGAGCACUUACGAGGUGCUGGACUUCCUGGGCAGGGGCACCUUUGGCCAGGUGGUCAAGUGCUGGAAGCGUGGGACGAGUGAGGUGGUGGCCAUCAAGAUCUUGAAGAACCACCCGACGUAUGCACGGCAGGGCUUGAUCGAAGUAGCUAUCCUCGCCCGGCUGAGCAUUGAGAAUGCAGAUGAGAACAACCUGGUGAAGGCCUUAGAGUGCUUCCAGCAUCACAACCACACCUGUCUGGUGUUUGAAAUGCUGGAGCAGAACCUGUACGACUUCCUGAAGCAGAACAAGUUCAGCCCGCUGCCGCUCAAGGUGAUCCGGCCCAUCCUGCAGCAGGUGGCCACUGCGCUGAAGAAGCUGAAGGGCCUGGGCCUCAUCCACGCCGACAUCAAACCUGAAAACAUUAUGCUGGUGGACCCGGUGCGGCAGCCCUACAGGGUGAAGGUGAUAGACUUUGGUUCGGCUACCCACGUCUCCAAAGCAGUGUGUUCCGCGUACUUGCAGUCACGAUACUACAGAGCGCCGGAGAUAAUUCUGGGGCUGCCGUUUUGUGAAGCCAUAGACAUGUGGUCGCUGGGCUGUGUGAUUGCUGAGCUCUUCCUUGGAUGGCCACUCUACCCCGGAGCGGAGGAGUAUGAUCAGAUGCGCUACAUUUCCCAGACCCAGGGGUUACCGGGUGAGCAGUUGCUAAAUGUGGGGACGAAAACAGCCCGUUUCUUCUGCAGGGAAUCGGACUCCCCCUAUGCAGCAUGGAGACUGAAGACAACAGAGGAGCACGAGAUGGAGACGGGGUUGAAGUCAAAGGAGACCAGGAAGUACAUCUUCAGCUGUUUGGAUGGUAUAGCGCACGUGAACUUCGUUAUGAAUCUGGAAGGAAGUGACUUGUUUGCCGAGAAGGUGGACCGUAGAGUGUUUGUGUGCUUGCUGAAGAACAUGUUAUUGAUUGAUGCGGAGAAGAGGAUCACCCCAACUGAGGCCCUGAAUCACCCAUUCGUCACCAUGCAGCACCUCCUCGAAUUCCCCCAUAGCAGCCAUGUCACAUCAUGUUUCCACAUCAUGGACGUGUGCAUAACACGCUCCAACACCUACGAAGCAAUCAACCGCAAUAAGACCCCAUUCAUGAGACCAGUCACCUCAACCAACGCAGCCAAGCUGUCCAUGGCUUUCAACAAGAUGGGCACUGUGCACACACAAGCUUUAGUGCCAUCUGCUCCCUCUGUGAUGCACCCAGGGAUACCGCUGCAGACAGGAAAUGCACAGUUUGGGUGCAGUGACUCCUUUCAGCAAGCGCUAAUCCUUUGCCCUCCAGCCAUGCAAGGAAUCCCACCAAACCCAAACAAGCCUGCAGGUUACUCCGUUAGGAUGGACAACACUGUGCCGCUGGUGACCCAAGCCCCUGCUGUACAGCCCUUACAGAUCCAGCCAGGGGUCAUUACACAGCAGACGUGGUCCAAUCGUGCCCAGCAGAUCCUGCUCCCAGCCUGGCAGCAGGUGCCACCGGUGGCACCCCCAGCCACCACGCUGGCAUCUGACACUGUGGCUGGCCCACAGAUACUGGGAGACUGGGGGAAAGUACAGUGUCACAGCAACCAUUACAACUCCAUGAUGCCCCAACCUCUUCUAACCAACCAAAUGGCCAUGUCAGCACACCAGCCAAUAAGUAUAGGCAUCGCACAUGUGGUGUGGCCCAAGCCUGCUGCUAGCAAGAGAAACAAGCCCUGUUGGAACAGGAGUAACAAUUUUGUACACAACACCAACACCCAAAACUCAGCGUGCCAGUCCCCAAAGAUGUCUGAAGCAGGGGAGAAUGUGGAGCGCUGCCCACAGGCAGAACCUGAGGUGGAGACAGAGCCAGACGUGGAGGCGGAGCCAGGGAAGGAGAGCUGCUGCAAGACAGGGCAGGACCGUGACGCACUGGUCCUUUCUCACAAGCAGCGGCAGACCAUCAUCGUGGCCGACUCACCCAGUCCCGCUGUCAGCGUAAUCACCAUCAGCAGUGAGAUGGAUGAGGAAGAUGCGGCCCAGAGGCACUCUCUGAGGGAGUGUAAAGGCAGCCCAGACUGUGAGGCAUGUCAGAGCACCCUGAACAUUGAGCGUGUGUGCUCUCUUAGCAGCCCUGACAGCACCCUGAGCACCAGCUCCUCCACCUCAGAGCAGUCCAGCCCCUCGCCCUGCAAGAGGCCCAACAGCAUGUCAGACGAUGAGCAGGAGAGCGGCUGUGACACAGUGGAUGGCUCGCCGGCUUCAGAUUCGUCGGGCCAGAACAACAGCCCCUUCAUGGAGAGCCGCUACAUCAGCGAUGGCAACCAGAACCACAAGACCCACAAGCCCCAUGUGACCCCGGAGAUGGAACCCAGAAAGCCUGCUGUGUGCACCUUUGUGAUCCCGCCCGUGAGGGACAACAACAACUCCAUUAGCGACGAGCAGGUGACCAGCACAGACACCUCAUAUCAUUCAAAGGGUCGCAGUGGCCCUGGCCGACCGAACCCUCACUCCGCCCCCCUUCUUAACCGUCAGCAGAAGAUGACAUCUGCAUUCCAGCAGCAGCACCUGGGCUUUGGGCAGGUCCAGCACUAUGGCUCUUGCCACCAAGAGUGGAACGGAAACUACAGCCACCGGUGGCAGCAGGCCUAUGUACCUCCCGCAGUGCACGGCCACACCUUCACCCUGCCCCACAACAGCCCCAACCACACUACAGCACACCCCACCCACCUUGGGGCCCCCCAGCCCGCCCUUUUGUCUUACCCACCCCCUAGGCCCCUAGCCUCAGCUGCCUCCAUGGUCCAUAUGAUGCCGUCACCCUGCACCACACGGCCCGUCCUGCAGCCAACCUAUGGCAUCUCCCACCCGGGCAGCCUCAUGCACCAAGUGACUGUGGGCAUCAACCACCGGCUGCUGCCCUCCCCCACCAUUCACCAGAACCAGUUCAAACCCCUCUUCCCCCCACACUCCUUUAUUGCCUCACCUGCCUACGCUGGCUUCCACCUCAGUCCCACCAAACUCAACCAGUACCCCUACAUCUGAGAAUGAAACAAGCGGCGAGUAAGAAAAACAACAUGGUUUUAGCAUCUAAAGCCAUGGCACAACAGAAUAAGAAGACUAUUUUUUGAAUUGUGUAGACUUGGGUGCAAUUGAAACUUCAGCUUUAAAGAGAUGAGAUAAAAAGAAUGAAUAAAUAUGAAACUUUUGCACAUUUGAUAUACCUUCUCGUUGGAUCUUCUAUGGUUACUCUUCAGAACAGGUGAAAAUUGGGGGCGAAAGUCAUGUUUUGCCCUCACUAUUUUUCUAUAUUGCCUUCUAAUUUGUGCAAGACACAUCUACAUGUGUAAAGCCAUCCCAGUAUCCAGUUGUAGGGCAACAGACGCACAUAUGCCCCCUGUGUGGUAUGUACUUGUUUAACUGUUUGAAUUUUUUCGAUGUCUUUGGUGUUUUUAGUGUCGAGUCACUUAUCAGAUAAAGGUUGUUCCUCACACUGCAUGUCUUUUUGCAUGGGCAGAAAAAAAAACAACAGAGAGAUGCCUAGACGUUGCUCUAAUUGUUUGUGUCCUGAGACUCGCUGCAUUGUAACUUGUUCCUACACAUAGUGCCUUAAAUAUCUGAGGUUGUCAAUGUUACUACUUAUGUAUUAAUGUACUGGACUGCAGCACUUGAAAUUUGUCUGUCGAUGCAUUCUGUGUAUGUGUAUAUAUUCACAGGUAUAUAUGCAUAGAUGCGAUGUAUCGUGUAGAGCAAUGCUUAUCUUUGGGUUUAGUGUAUAUUUGACAUGUAGCAAGGUUUUUUGUUGCUCCUUGUUGAAGGACAGCAUGGUUUGCUGUAGCAAAGUAGUGCUGUUGAUUGUUUUUUCCCGAAUGAACUAGUGUACAAAGAAGGCGUUAAAUACUGCUUACUGUUUGAUAAUCAAUUUCUAUUUAGUAUACUUUUGUUACUAACAGUAUUUAUACUGUGUAAUGAAUCUGCAAUACAAUCUAAAUAGUUGUUGUUUUGUACUUUUAUUAAGUUUGAUUUUGUUCUUCUGAGAUAUUUAGAAAUGUGGUGGGCAUGGCUUUGACUAGAUAAAGACAAAAAUGCAAAUAGCUCUUUGAUUCCCCUUAUGGAUUCACCUUAGCUUGAGCAAACCAUGCAGUAUUUGAUAUUUAAGUAUAUAUAUUACAGAGCUAGACUAUUUAGUGCUGAAGCUUGACAAGGUGAGUUAUUUGUGUGCAAUUUCCUCAUUUAUGCAUGUGACAAUUUUUUUCCCCUUUAUUAUACCAUUUGUUAAGGCUUGUUGGUGUCGACUGCUUAUUUUAUACAUUCCGUCAGGGAGAAAAUAUAUAUAUAUAUAUACUGUGUGCAUUUUUUGUUUGUUUGCUAGUAUGUGCGUAAAAUUUGUCUUUACUUUCAAAUGAAGUUGCUUUUGCAGCACCAAAGACUGUAAUUCAUUUCCUAAGCAAGGUAGCUACUCCUCUUGCAUAGACCUCAAGUGUACUGUAGUUGUAGAGAUGGGGUAAAUAAAAAAAAUUGUAUUUAAAAAAUGGUUGAGGCUAUGUUUAGCUUUUGGGUGAGUAAUAAAUUGUAUCAUUUACCAUGAAUGUAUCAUAGAUAAGCUGCUAUAUAAUGAUUGCCACUUCAGAUAGCUGUGAAAUUAGGUGAUUAACUUAGUUCAUACUUAGCCUUCUUAUUUUUGUAUAGGUCUAAUUACCUGAAAUAGAAGUGGGUUUUUGAUUUGAAUAAUUUGCUUUCAUGUUUGGAGUGUCAUUGUAACUACUGUAUUGCAAAUGAUGGAAGUUAGUUGCAUAGUUAUGUUUUGGGGAUGUGUUCUUGCAUCAGUAUUUAUCGUCAUUAA